AUGUCUUUGGCAGGAAAGCAAACCCCGGUCAUCAUCGGAGUAGGUGACAUUAGAAACGCCUCAACAGGGGUGGAACAUGCCCGCGAGCCCGCCGAACUUAUGCUGGAUGCGAUCCGCCAGGCAUUGCAGGACACUGGAUUGAACUCCAUUGAGGAGCUGCGUUCGCAGAUUGACAGCAUCGACGUGGUCAGAACUUGGACUUGGGCAUACGGAGAUCUCCCCGGUUUGUUGGCAGAGAGACUAAACAUUCCACGUCCGCCGAAACGCAAAACCUAUACCGAGAAUGGCGGAAAUCAACCAGCCAAGAUUUUGGAUGAAGCUGCUCGUCGGAUCUCGCAAGGAGAAAUAAAAGUUGCAUUGAUCACCGGUGGAGAGGCUUUGGCUUCAUUGACUGCAUGCUCAAAGCAAGGCGAAUACCCACCACCCGGUUGGACAGCGGCUGACGAGAAUUUCGAAAUAUUUUCUCCUUCGGAGAGACGUCACGGGAAUCCAUACUCAAUGGGCGCGCCGAUCCAAGUGUACCCUCUAUACGAAAACGGUUUCAGGGCUCAUCGUGGACAAUCAGCUUCUGGGAAUAACAGCGAAUCGGCUCAGUUGUAUGCCAAUUUCAGUCAAGUUGCCUCCAAGCACCCUUUUGCAUGGAGUUACGGGAAGCCUCCUCUGGGGACCGAUGCGAUUGGGAACGUGUCCGAGGCGAAUCGAAUGAUAUGCUAUCCUUACCCUUUGCUUAUGAACGCAUUCAACAUGGUCAACAUGGCAGCUGCGUGCGUGUUAACCUCUACAGAUGUUGCUCGCAAACUCGGUAUCCCCGAGAGCAAAUGGAUUUAUACUUUGGGUGGUGCAGGUACCAAAGAAAGCGACAUUUUCUGGGAACGUCCGAACUACUAUUCCAGUCCCGCUAUUUCUCGUUCUAUAGAUGAGGCUUUGAACGUUUCUGGUAUCAAGACAGACGAUGUUGAUGUUUUUGACCUUUAUUCAUGCUUUCCCAUUGUUCCCAAGCUGGCCUGCCACCAUUUGAAGCUCGAUCCAUGCAACCCUUCAAAACCGAUAACCGUUUUGGGAGGCUUGACGUCUUUUGGAGGAGCUGGAAAUAAUUAUUCCAUGCAUGCAGUUACAGAACUAGUCCGGCGACUCCGAGACCCGUCACGCCAGGACAAGAUAGCUCUAGUACUCGCUAAUGGCGGCGUUUUGUCGUAUCAACACGUCAUUUGCCUGUCGAAGGAUCCUCGCCAUGAUGGACGGUCUUAUCCAGAGAAGAACCCUCUGCCAGAGAGGAUCACCGACGUACCCAUCCCGGCACUUACAGAGCAUGCCGAAGGAGAGGCAACCAUUGAGACAUACACUAUUGAAUACAACCGGGACGGGUCUCCCGCUGAAGGAUACAUCAUUGGCCGUUUGAAGGACAGUAGUAACUCUCGGUUCCUCUCUGUUACAGCAGACCAAGACAGCCUCCAGCAACUAGCUGCUUUGGCGUCUUCAGAUGAGCCCAUUGGAAAGUCCGGGUUUGUCUACGUAGAAGACAAGCCGGAGGUUGAUCCGAAGGAAAGGAAAAAUCUAUUCAUUUUUGGAAAGAGAAGUACGAAAUUGUGA